AUGGAACCUGCAAACAAUGAUGUUCAGAGCAAUGAUGCUGGACCUGCAGUAGGAAAGAAAAAAGGUGAGUACACGCAAUGGACACCAGAGCAGGAUGCUGCUUUGAUUGAAGCCAUGCUAGAGCUCACUGAAUCACGAGAAGUUGAAGGUGGGAAGUUCAAAGUUUCUGGAUUCAGAAAACUAGAGGCCAUGAUUCGUAAGAAGAUGCCAAACUUUAAAUUGAAGGCUCAGCCGCACAUCCAAUCAAGACAUCGGUUCUUUAAAAUCAAGUACGCUGCUAUAUGCGAGGUACAAGGCGGGAGCUGCAGUGGCUUUGGUUGGGAUGAAAGCAAGAAGCGCGUGAUUGCAGAUGAUGAUGUAUUCAAUGAAUGGAUUAAGAGUCAUCCGGGAUGCAAAGGACUGAACAAAAAACCAUUCCUAUACUUCGACCAGCUUGCAAGAAUUUUUGGGAAAGAUAGGGCAAUGGGUGGUCAGGCACAAACAUCCGCAGAUGUUAGGGAAGUCAUAGCUGAUCAUAAUGGAGAACCUUGUGUUGACUUGGAUGAGGAAACAACCCAGAGUAUCCUGGAGGAUAUGGUUCAUGAUGAGGUUGAUCACAGGACUUUACUGAACGAUGAGAGUGAUGCUGGUAAGACUCAGCCUGGAACAUCAAUUGGAAGCAACAAAAAGCCAAGGCAUGAAAGAAAUGUAGCAGUCAUAACUGCAGUGACAGCUGAGAUUGGCAAAUUGCAGCCGGUGAUGGAACAAACAGCUGCAGAUGUUCAUAGGAUUGCCAAUAGCUUUUGCAUGGAGGAUGAUCUGAUUGCUAGGCGUAGAAGUUUGUUCGAGGAGUUAUCCAAAGUCGAGGGCCUUACCAAAAAUCAAGUUUUACAAGCUGCAAUGGUACUAGUGAAGGAUGUUAGUCUUGCUGAUCUUUAUUACCAACUUCCAACAGAAGAUCAAUUGAGCUUUCUCUUGCAACUCAUCAACUGA